AUGUCCAUCUCCCUUGUCACUGGCGGCACAGGCUACAUCGGUCUCUAUGUUGUGAAGGAGCUUCUCGAGCACGGCCACAUAGUGCACACAACAGUACGGAGCCUAAGGAACCAGCACAAGUGCAAGCCCCUACUGGACCUGCAGGCCGCCCAUCCAGGCAAACUCCGCCUAUUCGAAGCAGAUCUGCUUGUCCAAGGCUCCUUCAAAGAGGCUAUGCAUAACUGUGAUACUGUCUAUCAUAUUGCCUCGCCGUUCAUCUUGCCACAACAGACCAAAAAUGGGAUGAAGGAAAUUGUUGAGCCAGCCCUUAAGGGAACCCAGAACGUCCUUGACGAAGUCAAUGAGACACAGUCUGUUCGACGCGUCGUUCUCACAUCUUCCCUCGUGUCUAUGUAUUGCGACAGUUCCGAAGUCUAUGCCCUCCCCGAGCACACUCUGACUGAAUCCGUUUGGAACACAACCGCCUCACCAACAUAUAAUCCCUAUGCCUACUCCAAAGCAGAGUCAGAGCGGCUGGCCUGGCGUGUCACCAGCGCUCAGUCCCAACCCCGCUGGGAUCUCGUCGCCAUCUGCCCAGGUCUCGUGCUCGGCCCUCCCCUAUCAAGCGGCUCUGACUCUGGAUCUUUGCGCAUGCUCGAGCACAUGUAUGAGGGCUCCGACCGGUAUGGCAUCCCAAACUACUCAUAUUCGAUUGUCGACGUACGCGACUUGGCAGUUGCGCACGUUGCGGCGGGCGAGAAGACUGAGGCGAACGGGAGAUACAUUGUAUCUCACGCGAAGUCAACAAGCAUGCUCGCUAUGGCCGAGCUGGUGCGCCCGUUCCACAAGCAGGCGAGGUUAUUACCGGCGAGAGCGAUGCCCAAGUUGCUGGUCUAUUUGGCGGCACCGUUCCUGAAUAUGUCCAAGCGAUGGGCGGAUGGGAAUCUGGGGAUUGACUUCGACUUAGAAAAUAGGAGGAGCAAAGAGGAAUUAUGUGUUGUGUAUCGGCCGUUGGAGGAGACAUUUAGAGACCAUUACGCAUCUUAUCUUGCUCGGCAGGAUGUGCACUAG